CCGGAUGCCCACCCAUACGUCAGCUGUGUUGAAGACUGCAGUGGGAUGCGUCGGAGGAGAAACUGAGUCAGACCAUUGCGGCAGCGACCUACCUACCGCCGCCGCCGAAGAGGAUGGACGCCACAAUGGCAGAGCCAGGCGAGAUACUGCCCGAGAGGAAGCCGGAGAAGUGCCCGUACGAGAUUCUCCGGCAGAGCAAAGCUUCGGUGGAGGAGAUCGUUUCAUCGAUGCUCUCAAUUAAGAAGGAAGGCAAGUCGAAAUCUGAGUAUCGGGAGCUCGUCACUCAGAUUCUCCUCAACUUUGUCACCCUCCGUCAGGCAAAUCGAGCCAUCUUGCUGGAGGAAGAUCGUGUAAAAACCGAAACGGAGCGCGCAAAAGCACCCGUGGACUUCACAACACUGCAGCUUCACAACUUGAUGUAUGAAAAAAGUCACUAUCUCAAAGCAAUUAAGGCUUGCCAGGAUUUCAAGUCAAAGUACCCUGACAUUGAACUUGUUCCCGAGGAAGAGUUCUUUAGAGAUGCACCGGAGAACAUUAAAAGCUCUGUGAUAUCAAAUGACAGCUCUCACAAUUUAAUGCUCAAGAGGCUCAAUUUUGAACUAUUCCAGCGCAAAGAACUGUGCAAACUGCAUGAGAAACUCGAAGAGCAGAAGAAAAGUCUUCAGGGGAUCAUAGCUAACAGAAAGAAAUUUUUGCUGAGCCUCCCAUCACAUCUCAAGUCACUCAAGAAAGCAUCUUUGCCUGUUCAGCAUCAACUAGGAGUUCAGCACACAAAGAAAUUAAAGCAACUGCAUUCGGCAGAAUUGCUUCCCCCUCCUCUUUAUGUUAUAUAUUCACAGUUACUGGCCCAGAAAGAAGCCUUUGAAGAGAUGAUAGAAAUGGAGAUUGUUGGGAGUGUUAAAGACGCUCAGGCCGUUGCCCACCAGCAGGCAACUAAAGACAAUGCUAAAGCAUCUAGUGUAGAUAAUUCUAAGAUAGACGAGGACUUGCCUGAUGAGGAAGAUGAUGGACAGAGGAGGAGAAAGCGUCCAAGGAAAGUUCCAGGCAAGGAAAGUGUAGACCACACAAGAAUUUAUCAAGCACACCCUCUGAAAGUCAUUCUUCAUGUUCUUGAUGAUGAAACUCCUGAUUUGAGCCCCACAAAGAUAGUAACUCUGAUUUUUGAAUACUUGAUGAAGUUGAAUGUAGUAUGUGUUGGGGUGGAGGGUUCUGAAGAUGAUUCGGGCAAGGACAUCUUGUGCAACUUGUUUCCUGAUGAUACUGGCCUAGAGCUUCCUCAUCAGUCAGCUAAGAUGAUUGACAGUUCUGUUGAAUUUGAUAAAACAAGAACUUCACGGCCGUACAAGUGGGCACAGCAUCUUGCAGGGAUUGAUUUUUUGCCAGAGGUUUCACCAUUGGUGGGUGGCUUUGAAAACUCGAAUGAAGAAUCAGCUAAGCAUUCAUCAAUUAUAGCUGGGCUGUCACUUUAUCGCCAGCAGAAUCGUGUGCAAACAGUUGUGCAAAGAAUCCGUGCUCGAAAAAAGGCUCAGCUUGCUCUUGCGUGAGUUACUUCACUGUAUGUUUAGCAUCAUUGGAACCUCCAAAUAUACAUAGCUUAGAAGUGGGAGCUUUGUUUUUUUUUCUCGUUUUUGAGAUCAGGGCAUCUCAUAACCUUUUCUGGACGAGUUUAUGGAAUGUGUUGUGACUUUGAAAGUAGAAGUAUGCUACUAUGAUGUCUUGGCAGUUAUAUCGU